AUGUCAGAGCCUUCUCUGUAUUUUCUAAAUUAUGACUUCUUCUAUGCCCUGAAGAAUUCUCACCAUGAAUUUAUAGUUUGCAUUAUUAAAAAUAUUUCCUUUUUGGUUGUUGAAUAUGGGAAGGAACUGUUGACAUUUAUGGAUAUGGCCAUAGAAUUCUCUCUGAAUGUGUGGCAAUGCCUGGACCCUGUACAGCAGAAUUUAUAUAGGAGUGUAAUGUUAGAGAACUACAGAAACCUGGUCUUCCUGGGUAUUGCUGUCUCUCAGCCGGACCUGAUCACCUGUCUGGAGCAAGGAAAAGAGCCUUGGAAUAUGAAAAGACAUGGAGUGAUAGCCAAACCCCCAGUUAUGUGUUCUCAUUUUCCUCAACUUCUUUGGCCAGAGGAAGACAUGAAGGAUUCUUUCCAAAAAAAAAAAAAAAAAAUACUGAGAAGAUAUGAAAAAUGUGGACAUGAGAAUUUACAAUUAAGGAAAGGCUGUAAAAGUGUGGAUGAGUGUAAGGUACACAAAGGACAUUAUAAUGAAUUUAACCAAUAUUUAACAACUACCCAGAGUAACAUAUUUCAAUGUAAUAGAUAUGUAAAAGUCUUUCACAAAUUUUCAAAUUCAAAUAGACAUAAGACUAGACAUAAAAGAAUUAAUACUGGAGAGAAACCAUAUAAAUGUGAAGAAUGUGGCAAAGCUUUUAAUCAUUCCCCACACCUAACUAGACAUAAGAUAAUUCAUACUGGAGAGAAACCCUACAAAUGUGAAGAAUGUGGCAAAGACUUUAGUUUAUUCUCAACUUUUACUGAACAUAGAAGAAUUCAUACUGGAGAGAAACCCUACAAAUGUAAUGAAGGUGGCAAAAGCUUUAUGUGGUCAUCAGUUCUUACUAAACAUAAGAGAAUUCUGGAGAGAAACCCUGCAAGUGUGAAAAAUGUGACAAACCUUUUAACUGUUCCUCACACCUUACUAGACAUAAGAAAAUUCAUACCAGAGAGAAACCCUACAAAUGAGAAAAAUGUGGCAAAGUCUUUCAGGGCUGAAGACGAUGAGAUGAUAAGGUUCACCCAGUACAUGACCACAAAGCAACUCACCAGUGGCAGGAUGAUCUGGGUAACCCUUUUCUCUGGCGAGGAUCUUGGGGAGUGGCUGGUACUGUGA